AUGGCUAGUUUUCGAGGCUUUUCCAAAGCUAUGCGGAAAGGCGCCAAAGCUGUGAAGAAAGGUGCCAAGGCUGUGGGGAAAGGAACCAAAGAUGUGGCCAAAGCUGUGGUGGAGGGAGCGUUUUUUAUUGUGCUGGCGUGUGGGUAUGUGUUCUACGUCGUGGGACAUCUUUGCGUCCUUAUUCUUCUGUGUGUUGCUUCUGUUUAA